UAGCAAGAUUUAACUUCAUUUCCUUAUCUUUUCUUCAUCAGUUUAAGAGAUUUCUCUUGCAGCUAUAUAUAAGAUCCCGUAUAAGACAAUAACCAUUAAGCCAACAAAAUCUUUUUAGCCGAAAAAGGAUAGCUGCAUUUUUAAGAUGAUAAAGGUGGAAGUGACUUCGACAGAGAUCAUUAAACCAUCAUCUCCAACACCAGAUCACCUUCGAACCUACAAACUUUCCCGCUAUGAUCAAACCUACAGUUUAGUUUAUGUUCCCAUCAUCCUCUUUUACGGUCCUACAGAUGGUGGUAAUGAUGAUUACCUCAAAAGAUCCGUCCGGCUAAAGAAAUCUCUGUCAGACACCUUGACCAGCUACUAUCCGGUAGCUGGAAGGAUUAAAGAUGACAAGAAUAUGUCCAUAGAAUGUACAGAUGAGGGCGUUACCUAUAUCGAAGCACGGGUACAAGGUAACAUUUCCGAUUUUAUGAACCGGGAUGCAAUUCAGCAUCUCCUACCUCAUGAUCUCCAUUCUAAAAGUUUACUAACGGAUAACGAACCUCUAUUAAUUGUUCAAGUCAACUCUUUUGAUUGUAAUAGAAUAGCAAUUUGUAUCUGUAUGUCGCAUAAGAUUGCAGAUGCAACAACUUUUGUCACAUUCAUCAAUAGUUGGGCUUUAGCCGCCCGGGGGUACACCUCUGAAUCAACUGCGGUUCUACCGACGUUUGAUUUGUCGUCUCUGUACCCUCCAGUAAAUGGACUCAACUUCAUGGGAUCAAAUGAUCAACAGAUUGUUUCUACCAAGAGGCUUGUUUUUGAUGCCUCCAAAAUAGCACUGCUAAGAACCAAGUACAAAGACCCAUCAAAUGGAGAGUACCCAACACGGGUACAGGCGGUUUCUGCAUUAAUAUGGAAGGCCGCAAUAGCUGCAAGUUCUUCCCCUAGACAAAGUAUAUCAACCCAUGCUGUAAACAUGAGGGCAAGAGCAGAACCACCAUUGCCUCACCAAUCAUUUGGAAAUCUUGCCAUACUGGUGGUAUCACAACCUUCGAGAAAGGAAAGUGAAGGGGCAGAGUUGGCUGGUCUCAUGAAGGAUUCCAUAAGAAAAAUCAACUGUGAGUAUACAAAGGCUAUGAAAGGCGAGGAAGGAUACUCGAAGUUCCAAGAGUCAAUGGCAGUGUCGUUUGCAGGAUUUAUGAAGAAUGACGCUUACUUUUUUAGUAGCUGGUGUAAGAUACCAUUAUAUGAAGCAGACUUUGGGUGGGGGAAGCCAGUUUGGGCGAGUGUUGUCAUGCUGCCAUACAAGAAUAUAAUCGUUCUGAUGGAUAACAAAGCUGGAGAUGGAAUUGAAGCGUGUGUCAGCUUGGAUAAAGAAGAGAUGACGCUGUUUGAACGCAACCAAGAACUCCUUGAUUUUGUCAGUUUUUCAGACUGAAUUUGUUAGUUUUCAGGUUGAUGAUAUAGAAAAAAUAGAAAGGUAGAAAAGAAAAGAAAAGCAGGUACUUUAAAUUUAUGAAGUCAAAGGUCUUUUGUUCGAGGAUCUAGUUGUUGGAUGCCAACACGAUAACUGUUAGUUUUAGCUUAUGCUUCUGAUGUGCUGCUGUCCGACUUGUUUCUUGUUGUACUGCCUUAGCAGGUAUGAAUGGAUAACUCCAGACAAAUGCAUAUUAUGUGUACCUGUUCUGUUCCAGUGGAGUUGUUACCGAGUGUGAAAAACCUUAACCUCGUCUGAAACAAAAUGUAAUCUUGGAACUGAUAUUGAACGACUUAUUACUGCAAGUUAUUGAAAUGGGAUCAAGUACCAAAACAAAACUGAGAAAAUCACGUUAAUAUAUUCAAGUGAGAACUGCAGUGAGUAAGCUAAUGAAAAAACGAUUUUGCAGGAGCGAGCAAUCACACUAAAAGAUGGGCGCGAACUGAAAACCAUUGAACUUCAACAUCUAUUAUUUACCGAAAACAUCUGUACUCAAGAAGACAUUGUCUGCUUCUGAAAUGUUGUGCACCACACUCUGUAUAUAUUGGUUCAAUGAGAAAUUUUAAGAAAGCUUCACAUUCUGUAGCAAGAUGCAAUUUCCAAAGAAGUGUUGGAAGGGUAGUAACUACACUAGAUUAUGACUUGGACAUCACUGCAAACUUAAAGAAAUGUAUGCAGUUAUCUGUAGGUUAAUUGGUAACAUUAUUUGAAAGACCAAUCAAUAAAAAUGAUGAUUGAGACUGAACAACAGUGAAUAGCAAUACAGGAUAAGCAACAAUAGCAAUUCAACUCACUUACAUUACGAUUGCUGAGCAGUGCACAAAGAACCCGCUUUUUCGUUGGAUCGAACAUUUCUUUCUCCUCGCUAAGUUCGAUUCAUUAAAGUAGAAUUCAUGUCAGCUUCUUAAAGAUAACGAAGGAUUUUUUAUUUAUUUUUAGCAUUAAGGAUCAGUUCCGCCGAGUACAAUUA